AUGGCUGGAAAACCAUUGCCACAAAAAGCCCAGUUCUUGUUUGGACUUCUGAGAGGGCCACUGAAUCGGGUCUUUCCCCAGUUAAAAUAUCAUUCGUACACCUCUCCUGUCCUUAGAGCAGAGGAUCUUUCAAACAAAACAUUGGUUUUUGACUCAGAGGGUACGCUGCUGAGAUCAUCUUCGUUUUUUCCGUACUUCAUGCUGGUGGCCUUUGAAGCUGGAGGACUCUUGAGAGCUAUCGUUUUCUUUCUUUUGUACCCUCUGGUUUGUUUGUUUGGUGAAGAGCUGGGGCUGAAGAUUAAGGUUUUCUUGUGCUUCCUUGGGAUCAGAAAAGAGAGCUUCAGAAUCGGAACGUCUGUUUUGCCCAAGUUCUUCUUAGAAGAUGUUGGUUGUGAAGGCUUUGAAAUGGUGAUGAGUUUUGGGAGAAAGGUUGCAGUGAGUAACUUACCUACAGUCAUGGUUGAAGGGUUUUUGAAAGACUAUAUAGGGGUUGACGCUGUUGUGGGAAGAGAGUUAAAGGUGGUUUGUGGGUAUUUUGUAGGGUUAAUGGAAGACAAGAGGGCAGAUGGGACUCUUUUAAAUGAGAUUCUUGGUGAGGAGAAAACAUGUUCCGGUAUUAUUGCUAGUGUUUGCCACAGAAAGGUUCUUGAUCAGGAUCCCUUUACUCAUUGCAAGGAGGUUUACUUGGUGAGUAGAGCUGAGAAGAGGAACUGUCAUAGCCUUCCAAGGGUGAAAUAUCCAAAGCCAUUGAUCUUCCAUGAUGGAAGAUUGGCAUUCAGGCCAACCCAACUGGACACCUUAGCUAUGUUGAUGUGGAUUCCUUUUGGGAUUUUCAUUUUCCUCAUCAGAUUAAACUCUGGCAGAUCAUUACCAAACUGUAUGUUGAAUCCAAUACUGGCCUUCACUGGGAUAAGAACCACCGUUUCAAGACCCAAUUCCCCUACUCCUUCAGCCAAUAUUAAUGAAAAAACACCCAAUGGCGUACUCUAUGCCUGCAACCACAGAACUCUGCUCGAUCCACUUUUUCUUGAUCUUGUUUUGAAUAAUUCACCCUCUGCGGUCACAUACAGCAUAAGCAAGUUUUAUGCAGCAAUUUCUCCAAUCAAGAACGUCAACUUAACAAGAGACCGGGAAAAAGAUAGAGCUGCAAUGCAAAAGUUGCUAAGCCAAGGUGACCUUGUGGUUUGCCCUGAAGGAACCACUUGCAGGGAACCUUAUUUACUAAGGUUUAGCCCUUUAUUUGCAGAGCUGACAGAUGACAUAGUUCCUGUAGCCAUUGAUUCGCAGGUAAGUAUGUUUUAUGGAACAACAGCCAGUGGGUUUAAAUUCUUAGACCCUGUGUUUUACCUGAUGAAUCCAUUUUCUUCCUACACUUUGAGAAUUCUUGAGAAGUUGCCGGGCUCACACACGUGUAAGGUUGGUGGGAUAUCCAAGUUUGAUGUAGCCAAUCACGUGCAAAAGGAGAUAGCCAGAGCUUCAGGGUUCGAAUGCACCAGUCUUACUAGAAAAGACAAGUAUAUGAUCUUAGCAGGUAAUGAAGGAAUAGUUCAGGAUCGUAAAGGACUAUGAACAGAAGUUGCAAAAACAUGCUUUGUUUUUUCUUUAUUUGCUGUAAAAAUUAUUUAUAUGGGCGCAAUAAUCGCAUCCAGCAGGGAAAGAUGCAGUAAAAGAAAAUGGGUAACCUCUUAUAUUGUAUGGAACUGUAUGAAAUAAGAGUACAGCCACUGCGG